AUGUCUAAACGAGAGUCAUUCAAUGCAACCAAUUUUUCAGGAAUGAGUAAGGAAAAACUUGCGGAGAUGAUGCGAAAAUCAUGGGAGAAGUUAUAUUUAACGGACAAAGAAUUACAGGAUACCAAACAAAACCUAGAAGAUACCAAAAGGGUUAACGAAAAUUUAAAGAUUCUCAACCGCUCUCUAGCCACUCAGCUGAAAGAAGCUAAGGAAAAUACUUCUGUAUCAAAGAACGUUCCGAGUGAUCAAAGUGAAAUAAGUAUUGAGAACAUAGUGGCAGCUAUGAAGGAUCUAAAGAGCGAAAUUAAUUCACUAAAGGAAGAGAGCAGGGAUCGAAAAAGAGAAAUCAAUGAUCUUAAGGAAGAGAGUAAUAUUCUAAAAAGAGAGAUUAAUACUCUUAAGGAAGAACAUAUGGAUUUAAAGAGAGAAAUUAAUGCUAUUAAGGAAGACAACAGGGAUAUAAAAAGAGAAAUCGUUACUCUUCAAGAAGAGAAUAAGGAUAUAAAGAGAGAAAUCAAUAGUCUAAAGGAAAGGAGUGAAGUUAUUGAAAGACAGAAAAAGGAUCUGACAUCAGAAAUCCAAACACUGAAAGAAAGGGUUGGCGCAGUGGAAUCAGAUAUAUUUUUCAUGAAACACGUGAAUAUAUUGACUGACAUCUUUGUGCGAAUUUCAAAAAUGUAUCUCAAUUUUGCUUAUGAAGAAGCAAAGAAGAGCCUAUCCCAAAAAGAAUGGCAGCAAAUAAUCCCACUUUACCUCGAAGAUGUCACAAUUAAUCAGAUUCCGGUGAGCAAAAAGGAUCUCCACGAAGUUUGGGAAUGGUAUUUGCAAAAAAAGGACAUUAGAAACACAAUUGACCGUCAUAGGCAUCAAUUGCAUGAGAAUAAUGGGUUAAGUAUUGUUAUACAGCAACUUGUUGACUGGUAUUACCAAUAA